AUGGCUCGCCGAGGGGGGGUGUUUCACAAACUGCCGGCUAGACGCGAGAAGGAGAGGAGAACCGCAGCAGACGAGAGGCAGACAUCGGCGUCAUUGAGGAAACAGUGCGGAUUGCGCAUGCGUUGGGGGUCGAGGCGCGCCGCCGACUGGCCAGCGUGCUGGAACGUGCGGGAAGAAAUUUCACCAACUGACUUCUUGACCUCCAGCCUGGUCAAGAAGGCCCAUCAGCGCCUCUUCUUCUUGAGGACACUGAAAAAGAACCAACUGUCUGCUGACAUACUGGGCAACUUCUACCGCUGUGCGAUAGAAAGCAUCCUGACCAACUGUAUUUCAGCAUGGUAUGGGAAUUGUACUGUAACUGACCGCAAGGCACUGCAGCGUGUGGUAAAAACCGCCCAACGAAUCAUAGGGACUCCAAUUCCUGCCAUUGAGGAUGUCCACAAGAAGAGAUGUCUACGCCGAGCACGCAACAUCCUUAAGGACUCCUCUCAUCCAGCCAACAAACUCUUCCAGCUCCUCCCCUCCAGAAGGCGCUACAGGAGCCUUCGGACUAAAACCAGCAGGUUCAGGAACAGCUUUUUCCCCACAGCGGUCACACUACUGAACUCAGUCCCCCGCUAAACACACAACACACCCGUACAUUGCACAUCUAUGUAUGUGUAUAUAUAUAUAUAUAUUAUAGCACUCUUAGUAUUACGGCACAUACAUAGUGAAUCUGUAUAUCUGUAUAUUGUACAUCUGUGUAUAUGUAUAUUAUAGUACUUAUAGUAUCACAGCACAUGCAUAGGGCAUCUGUAUAUCUGUAUAUUGUACAUCUGUGUAUAUAUAUAUUAUGGUACCUAUAGUAUCUCAGCACAUACAUAGUGCAUCUGUAUAUAUCUGUAUAUUGUACAUCUGUGUAUAUAUAUAUUAUAGUACCUAUAGUAUCACAGCACAUACAUAGCGCAUCUGUAUGUCUGUAUAUUGUACAUCUGUGUAUAUAUAUAUAUUAUAGUCUAUUAUAUAUAUCUAUAUAUCUAUUCCCACCUUCACUGUGCUCUUAACUGUACAUACUGCAUUUAACUGUGCAUACUGCAUUUAACCAUACAUAUCACAUACUAUAUUUAUUGCACUUGCUGCUCUUUGCACUUCUGAUUAGAUGCUAAACUGAAUCUCGUUGCCCCUGUAUUUAUACAUGUGUAAUGACAAUAAAGUUGAAUCUAAUCUAA